GCCGCCGAUUUGAGCCAAGUCGGCUUGUAUCUCUGGCUGUACGUGUUUAUUAUUAAUUAUAGUAAUUUAUUAAGUGGAUUGAUUAUAUUUUAAAAAUCAUUUACAAAACAUAAACGAAUUUAUAAAAUAACAAAUAAAUUUUUAGCCAGAAAUAGUUUUAAUCUCGCAACAAAAUGUCAAAUAAAGAAUAAACUCGAAUACAGGCGUGCGGAUGGAUGGUCUGCCAAUCAGCCAGUUGUUGAUAGUAAAAUUGUUUUAGAAAUUGCAAAUAACAUUACAUGAAAUUAGUGCAUAAUAUGUAUAUUAUAUGAUUGUUAAGGUGUUAAUAUUGAAAAAACUGGUCAAAAGUAUUUUGUAGUUGUGUUAAUUUCAUUUGGUACAAAUUGGGUUUCGGUAUGUCACAGCCUUCUUCAUAUGGAACAUCAUCUAAUAGUAAUUUAAGUAGUGGAGUUAAGCAACAACAGCAGCAACAUAUCACACAAUCUCUGACAAGAGUACAAAACAUCGAUAUGCUGUCCUAUAAUAGCGGCAAUAUUAACAACAAUAAUGCCAACAACGGCAACAUUACCGUCGUUGCGGAAAGUGGCGGCAACACAUUUGCCAUUAGCAAUAAUACGACGACAUUGGAUCAAACUACCUCCAUAUCGAAUCAAAACACAAAUACUGGAGCAAUACCCAAAGAAAAAUCAGCAAAAAACACCAAACAGCAACAGCCGCGUAAACCACCACCUACUAUAGACACAUUUUGGCCCAACAUACUUCAGGAGGUGCAAACUGCAGUUGUCGACUCGAAGCAUCAGUCUUUACCAUUGGCACGAAUUAAAAAGAUCAUGAAACUGGAUGAAAAUGCCAAAAUGAUAGCGGCCGAAGCACCAACACUUUUCGCCAAAGCCUGUGAGUUCUUCAUUCAAGAACUGACAAUGAGAGCUUGGAUACACACCGAUGAAAGUAAACGACGUACCCUGCAAAGGUCAGAUAUUGCUCAAGCCAUAGCCAACUAUGACCAAUUUGAUUUUCUAAUUGAUAUUGUGCCAAGAGAAGACAUUAAACCACCAAAUCAUAGAAGACAUCACAAUGAGAGCGCAUCUUCGGCCAAUAACAGUAGUAGUAAUAAUAAUGCAACAUCAAGCAACAACUCACCAGCGCCCAUGCCAACGGCGACAAUGACAACAGUGACUGGUGAGAUAUUAAAUGUAUCAGGUCUGCCAAUGGAAACUGCAACAGCGACUGCGUUGCCGGCAACGGCCUCUAUUACGGGAAACCUCAAUCAGACGCAGCCCACCCAAAUGCUAACGACCGCCACUGCAACAACAAAUCAUGCCACACCACAGUUACAAAUUAUACAACAAGCUGCUCAUCCUCAACAGCAUCUACAAUAUUUUAUCACACUGCCAGGACAACAAACAGGUCAGGCUCAAUUAGUACAUCAAUUACAGCUGCAACAGCAGCAGCAACAACAUCUUAACAAUGGCUUAACUGCUGGCACACCACUGACGGCGGCAAGCUUAAAUUUAGUGGCCCAACAACCUCAACAGCUUAUUCUAACUGCAGCUAAUCCCGCAACCGCCCAGGCAGCAAAUGUGAUGCAACAUCAACAACAAACAGCCCUGUUGCAAAACAUAGCUCAGCAUCAACAACAGCAGCAGCAGCAAGUGCAACAACAACAUCAUCCGCAGCAAGUGCAGUUGCUACAACAAGUUAUGUUAACACCCAGUGGCGAGUUAACCAAUAUGCCAAUCGCCAUAAACGCCAAUCAAUUGAAUUUGUUGCGCCUGCAAAUGCAGCAACAGCAACAACAUCAACAGCAGCAACAUCAUCAACAACAAGUUAUAAUACCAACACAUUUAUUAACCGCUCAACAAUUACUACAACUUCAAGCUCAGGCUCAAAAUCAAGCACAGGCUAAUACUGCUGCAGCUACAACAGCGCAUAUAGUACAUCAUCCGGCUCAUAUAACCCAACAACAGCAGCAGCACCAACAACAACAAAAUCAGCACCAUCCUCAAACCACCACACCAACAAAUAACAUUUACAUUAAUUCAAACACAGUAGCAACAAAUCAGUCUACAGCUAACGCUGCUGCUGCCUCAAUGGUGUCCACCGAUCGAAAUAUGGGCAGUACGUUUCGAAACAAUUGCUAGCCUCAGAAAAAUGUCCAAGGCAACUGUUACUUGACAAAUGCCGAGGAUUUUCUAAACUUAGUGUAAAUUAUAUUUAUUUCUACAUGUCGUCAUUUCAUUUUAAACCGACUUUAAUUUAAUAUGUAUGUAAUUUUUAAAUGAGUCUUAUAAUUAUUAUAAUUAAAAAUAUGUAUUGUAAUUUUUCCUUCUUUGUUUAAAUAUUUCCAUGUAUUUCCUUAAACCAGAUAAACAUAGCUUAUAUGUUUGUAUAAUAAUAUUUAGUAUUAGUGUUAAGAUUAUUUUAAUUUCCCAAAAAAAGAGAAAAAUAAUAAAUAAGUUAAUCUUUGAUAACAAAACAAAAUACAAUUUAAUUUAUAGAGUUCUAAUUAUAAAAUGUAUGUAUAAUAUUCGCUCACGAUCAGAACGAUCUUCAUGUAUAAAGUUUAAACA